AUGGCGGAAUCAGAGAUGAGCGUCAGGAGCUGUCGAGAACUAUGGACCAUUUUGCUGGGGAGAUCUGCGCUGAGGGAGCCGGCUCAGAUAGAGGGAGAACUGGACCGACACUGGGACCGACUGCAUCAAGGACUUGGUUACUACAAGCCACCCAGCUCCUCCUCUGCUGGGAAAGUGAAGGACAACAAAGAGGUCGCACAGCCACUGAAGGACUUUGGUCUAAGGAUCAGUAAAUUGUUGAAUCUGGACGAGCAGCAGAGCGUGCAGCUUUUACAGUGCUAUCUGCAAGAGGACUACCGAGGGACCCGGGAUUCCUUAAAAGUUGUUCUAAAGGAUGAGCGGCAAAGCCAGACUCUUCUUCUAAAGAUAGCUGAUUACUAUUAUGAGGAACGCAUGUGUCUGCUUAGAUGUGUCCUGCUGCUGCUCACAUACUUUCAGGAUGAGCGACAUCCCUACCGGACCGAGUACAGUAACUGUGUCAAUAAACUGGAGAAAGACCUGGUGAGCAACUAUCAGUCACAGUUUGAGAAUCUCUUCAAGGCCGAAGCACCAACGUGGGAAACCCACGGCAACCUGAUGAGUGAGAGGCAGGUCUCACGGUGGUUCAUGCAGUGUUUGAGGGAGCAGUCGCUGCUGCUGGAGAUCAUCUUCCUGUAUUACGCGUACUUUGAGAUGAGCCCUUCGGACCUUCUUAACUUUACCAAAAUGUUCAAAGAGCAAGGCUUCGGCUUACGGCAGACCAACAGACACCUAGUGGACAAGAGCAUGGAUGCGCUGGUUGACAGAAUCGGAUACUUGAGCUCUCUCAUCCUGGUGGAGGGAAUGGACAUCGACUUUCUGCACAAGUGCGCGCUGGAGGAUUGCACAGAGCAGCAUCAGUUUUCUGGGGCCCCCGAUGUCGUUAAGGAGAUGGAUCAGCUGCUGUUGACGUUUGGUGACAUCCCUCAUCACGGACCGGUGUUGUUGGCCUGGGUCCUGCUGAGACACACCCUCAGACCCGACGAGUCCAGUCCUGUGAUCCGGAGGAUCGGCAACACGGCCCUGCAGCUGGGCGUCUUCAAGUACCUUUCAACCAUGCUGAAGGGGCUGGGAGUCUCGGGAAAUAACUGUACAGCGAGCACGGCCAAAAUGUGUAUUUACGGCCUGCUCUCAUUUGUCAUUACCUCGUUUGAAGAAGAGAGCUUGCAGGCUAACGGUGUGGAGGGCUCUCACCUGAUCGAAGCUGCUUGUGACGUCCUCUCUGCUCCCAGUUUAGCUGAAGUCUUUUGGGAAAUGAAGCCGAACAGGGGGCUGGGGAUGAUCCUGGACAGCGCUGCUGGGAUGUUCCCCCAUAAGAUCGGGCCGCUGCUGCAGCUCCUGACGGCGCUCGUGUCAAACAAGUCGACCGUAAAGAAGGUGUAUAACUUCCUGGACAAGAUGUCCUUCUACACACAGGUUUACAAACAUAAGCCCAACGAUAUCAUUUCCAAGGACGACGAGACUUUGUGGAGGAGACAGACUCCAAAACUCCUCUACCCUCUGGGGGCGGGGCAGACUAACCUGUGGAUGCCCCAGGGAGUGCUGGGCCAGGUGAUGAUCGCAGGGGACCAGGGCUACAUGGUGAGGUGGGACUACUCCUACAGCGCCUGGACUCUCUUCACCUGUGAGGUGGAGAUGCUGCUGCACGUCGUCUCCACUGCAGAUGUCAUAGCUCACUGUGUACGGGUGAAGCCCAUCCUGGACCUGGUCCAUAAGAUCAUCAGCAUAGACUGGACCGUGUCCGACUGUCUGUUGCCGCUCACUUCACGCAUCUACAUGCUGCUGCAGAGGCUGACUUCAGUCAUCAACCCUCCGGUGGAUGUGAUCGCCUCCUGUGUGAAUUGCCUCUCUGUGCUGGCUGCAAGAAUGCCAGGGAAGGUUUGGUCCAGCCUGCAUCACACUGGCUUCCUCCCCUUCGCCUCCAACCCUCUGACCGACAUGGCCCAGUGUGUCAGUGCUGAGGGGAUGAAGGCAGGUAAUUAUGGCAACCUGCUGGUGCAGAUCGAGCAGCCCAGAGGGGAGUAUGCUGUUACCAUUGCCUUCCUUCGUCUCAUUACAACCCUGGUGAAGGGUCAGCUUGGAAGCACUGAGAGCAAAGGACUGAUUCCCUGUGUGCUGCUGGUGUUGAAGGAAAUGCUGCCAACGUACCAUAAGUGGAGGUACAACACCCAUGGAGUCAGAGAGAGAAUAGGCUGCUAUAUUUUGGAGUUGAUACACGCCAUUCUCAAUCUGAGCCCAGAAGGAGAGGACCGGGGCAGCUCUCCCACCCUGCAGUCCCUUUGCAUCUACAGCUUAGCGAACACAGAAGCUGGACAGGCUGUAGUCAACAUCAUGGCCGUCGGCGUGGACACCAUAGACGUUGUCCUGGCUGCUCAGCCCAGCAGCUGUGGUUCUGAGGGUCCGGGUCAGAUUCUGAUCCAGACGGUCAAGCUGGCCUUCUCCGUCACGAACAACGUGAUCCGCCUGAAGCCGCCGUCCGACGCCGUGUCCCCCCUGGAGCAGGCGCUGACGCAGCACGGCGGCCACGGCGGCAACCUCAUCAUCGUCCUGGCCAAAUACAUUUACCACAAACACGACCCGGCGCUGCCCCGCCUCGCCAUCCAGCUCCUCAAAAGGCUCGCCACGGUGGCUCCCAUGUCCGUGUACGCCUGCCUCGGGAAUGACGCGGCGGCCAUCAGGGACGCGUUCCUGGCCCGGCUGCAGAGCAAAACGGAGGACAUGCGGAUCAAGGUGAUGAUCCUGGAGUUCCUCACGGUGGCCGUGGAAACUCAGCCCGGCCUCAUUGAACUCUUCCUCAACCUGGAGGUGAAGGACGGCAGCGAGGGCUCCAAGGAGUUUCUGGUGGGCGAGUGGAGCUGCCUCCACGUGGUUCUGGAUCUGAUCGACUCCAAGCAGCAGGGCAAGUACUGGUGUCCUCCGCUGCUGCACCGCGCAGCGCUGGCCUUCCUCCUGGCCCUGUGGCAGGACCGCAGAGACAGCGCCAUCUCCGUCCUCCGCACCAAGGAGCGGUUCUGGGAGAACCUGACCACGCCUCUGUUUGGGACCCUCGCCCCGUCGGCGGACACCACCGAGCCGUGUGUCCUGGAGGCCUGCGCGUUUGUCAUGAAAAUCAUCGGCCUGGAGAUCUACUACGUCGUCAGCGGUUCCCUGGAGCAGUCUCUGAAGGACGGCCUUCAAAGGUUCUCCAACGCUCGGCGCUACGACUACUGGUCCCAGUACGUGAAGUCGUUGGUGUGCCAUGUGGCGGAGACGGAGGAGGAGGGCAUCUGCUACUUCCCAGAGACGCAGAUGCUGAUUUCUGCUUGGCGGAUGCUGCUCAUUCUCUCCACCACCCAUGCCGAGGUGAUGCAUCUGACAGAAGACUCAACCAAACUGAAGCUGUUCAUGGAUGUCCUAGAUGGGACUAAAGCCGCUCUGACCAAACCCACGUCGGUGCCUUGCCUCCGUCUGGGAUCCAUGAUGGCUACCCUCCUGAUUAUCCUCCUGAAACAGUGGAGAAGCGUGGUCGCAGCAGCCCCGGACAUCCUCUCCCCCCUCGCCCUGAUCCUGGAGAGCGUCCUGCAGGCCGACCAGCAGAUGAUGGACCGCACCAAAGCCAAAAUCUUCUCCGCGCUCAUCUCCGUGCUGCAGAUCCAGGGACUCAAUGGCGGAGAUAUUUCCCAGCUGCCCCAGCUCUUGCUCUCCGUGUGUGAGACGGUGAAGGACGAGGCGCUGGCGCUCAUCGACAACACUCGCCACAUGAGCCGCAUGGGAGACAUGCUGGAGCAGGAGGACAGCAUGGAGACGGACUCUCCCCGCGGUCUGCAGAAGGACCAGAGGGACGGGGUGUGCGUGCUCGCCCUGCACCUGGCCAAGGAGCUGUGCCGCACCGACGAGGACGGCGAGCACUGGGUGCUGGUGAUGAGGAAGGUGCCGGUGCUGCCGUCGGUGCUGAGCGCCGUGGAGAUCAGCCUGCGCUGCAAACACAACCUCUACUUCACCGAAGCCGCGCUGCACCUGCUCCUGACGCUGGCCCGCACGCCUCAGGGGGCAGCAGCGGUGGCUGGAGAGAGAGUUGUUCAGACCAUCUGCCUCCCGCUGCUCAGCGUGUACGAGGUCUCCUCAAACGGCGCAUCGCAGAGUUUCUCCCGGAAGUCCCAGGACUCGGCCUGCUGGCCCGGCGUCUACCGCCUCUGCAUGUCGUUGAUGGAGAGCCUCCUCAAGACGCUCCGCUACAACUUCAUCAAUGAAGCCCUGGACUUUGUGGGAGUGCACCAGGAACGCAUAUUACAGUGUCUGAACGCGGUGCGCACCGUGCAGAGCCUCUCCUGCUUAGACGAGGCGGACCACACCGUGGGCUUCCUGCUGCAGCUCUCCAGCUUCUGCAAGGAGUGGCAGUUUCAUCUCCCCAACCUGCUCCGAGACGUCCAGAUAAACCUCUGCUACCUGUGCCAGACGUGCACCUACCUGCUCCACAGCAAGAAGAUGCUCCACCAUUACCUGCAGUCUAAGAACGGCGAGGCGUUGCCCCCCGGCCCCCGGGCACAGCGGCCUCCUCAGACCUCCAGUAAGGACGCGGGAGGAGGAGAGAGGGAGGAGGCGGAGCAGAAGGCCCUGUUGGCCGUGCAGUGCAGCCUGCUGAAGAUCCUGAGUAAAACCCUGGCUACUCUGCAGCACUUCACUCCAGACUGCUGCCAGAUACUGCUGGACCAGUGCAUGGACCUGGCUGAGUACCGCACCCUGUUCGUGCUCAGCUUCACGACUCCGGCGUUCGACCCGGACGUGGCGCCGUCCUUCGGGACCCUGCUGGCCACCAUCAACGUGGCCCUGGGCAUGCUGAGUGAGAUGGAGAAGAAGAAGGAGCCGGCCUCUCUGAGCAUAGCGUCGCUGGCGUCAGGGGAGGAGAUCCAAGCUGUGAAGUCCUUGCUGAUGUUCACCAUGGAGAACUGCUUCUACGUUCUGAUCUCUCAGGCGGUCCGCUGCCUCAAAGAUCCAACCAUCCUCCCUCGAGACAAACAGCGGCUCAAACAGGAGCUCAGCUCUGAACUGAGCACUCUACUCUCCAGCCUGUCCCGCCACUUUAGGAGGGGUUCCCCAUCAUCCCCGGCGAGCGGUCUCCUCCCCUCCAUUCAGCCCAAGACCCCCACACCCAGCUCCAAGGCGAGCCACGAAGGCCACGAGCCAAUCAUCCAGCUGGUCCAGGCCUUCGUCAGACUUGUGCAGAGAUAGAUGGUAGUUCAUUCCUCUGCAAGGGGGAGCCUACAUUUCAUACACGUUUUCAACGAAACCUUUUCUAGUGUCCAAGUGAACAGUUGUCGUGGUUCAAGGGGUUGAAGCAUUUGACUUUAAUAUUUAAUAUUCAUGGCUGCUAGAACCUGAAUGCAGCCUGAUGUCUUUCAAACUUGUUUAAGAUACAGGAAGUGAGUCUGCAGGGAUCUUGGUGCUGUUCUUCUUCUUCUUCACUUGCCAACUAUGGUCCAUCAUUCCCAGGCCUAGUUUUAUAGGUCACUGUGUCAACCCGACGACUAGAAAAGUACCAAGUGUUACUCUAACCUCUGCAUGACCGUAAUUAAAAGCAAACAUGACCGCGUUGAGCUAUUUUUUUCUUCUUAGUUUUGUUCAUUUAUUCUCGACUUGUUCAGAAGUGGCGGCCAAAAUUUGUACUUUCACAGAAAAUGUAUAUGCCAUUAAAAGGAGUUUUGUACCAC